AUAAUUUUUUGUGAAAUUUUGUUCGAUCGUAUACUUAUUUUCAUAUUUUCAAUAGAAUAAUUAAAAUAUUGCGAGAUUUUUGUUCGAUCGUAUAUUUAUUUUCAUUUCAAUAAUUAAAUUUUGUGAGACUUUGUUUGAUUUUUCUCACCGCGAGAGAGCGGAAUUUACAAGAAAAAUACGAUUUCCAUUACGUGCUUAUUCUCAAUUAUUUCUCUCUGAAAUUAUAGUUUGUACAAAAGCGGAAUUAUUUCGGUAAACAAAGUCAGUACCGGAUUAGUCAGGCAAAAUGAUAUUUUGCUUUUUAAUUUAUUAAAAUUUCAAAGUUAAUUAAGUGAUAAAUUUUUUUAUUUUUAAUUUAUUGCCGAAGGGAAAAUUUUUCUGAAAAAAGUGAAAAUUUUGAAAACGAAUUUUAUAGUCUACACAAAGUGGAUAAUAAUAAUUUCAAUUUGAAACGUCAAAAUUAUAAAUUAAAUUUUUUGUACAAUAUUUACCAGACUUUAAAAUCAAAGUGUAUUAAGUAGCAAACUUUAUAUUCUCUUGUUUUUUACCACAAAAAAUAGUCAAAUACGAGUAAAUAAAAAUCAAAAAUCCAUUUUAGAAAUAGUUGGGAAUUUUAAAGAAAAUUGCAUUUUAAAAGGAGAAUAUUAAACUAUUUUUUACUUAUAUAAAGUGAACUCGUAAAGUGAACAUUUGUUUUCCUUUUUUUUUUUGUUAUACUUCUUAGUUUGUACAAAGUUAAUAAUAUAAUUAAUAUUACGUUAUUGUAAUUUAGUGUAUUACUAUAAAAAAUUUUUUGUUAAAAAAUUUAAUUUUCAAGGAUUAAAAAUAAAAAAAAAUCCUAUAAUAUUGUAUAAAUUUAAGACGACACGUGCAAUAAAAUAUAUUAAGUCUUAAAAAACACGUUAUUUCUUCCUUUUCGAAAAUUAAUUGUUCGAAACAAUUUUGCUGAUUAGAUAAUAAUAAUUGUCUCUGUCAGUGUCACGGUAAAUGUUACUAAAAGGUUAAAAUGGUUUUAAAUGCAGUGUUACUUGUUCAAUUCGAUUAUAAAUCUUAUUGAUUAAACUGUUUCGAAUAGUACAAAGUUAAAAUUGAAUUUUUUCUUCUCUCAUAUCUGUCAACGAGUUAUGUCACUAAGAAAUCAAAACUAGUACAGCCAGUAGUGAAAAUCAUAUAUUUUCACGGCUUUUCAUUAUUUACAAAUAUAACGAUCAUAUAUCUUCACUAAUCAAGACUUUUACGUUUAAUUAUAAUGAAAAUUAACAUAAAUUAUAAUGUACUAUAAAAUUGAAUUGUAAAUUGAUUUAAAAUUAUAAAUUGAAGAAAAAUUUUCUGAAAGAGAAAAAAAAACAUGAUAAUUACAAUUCAGAAGGACAAUUCUUUCAUUUUUAAUGUAUUUGAGGAUGAUUCUCCGCUUAGUGCUCGAUUUUGUGUUCUUUGUGUAUUUAUUAACUAAUCGUAAUAUUGUAAUGAAUUCUCCGUAAAAAAUUAAUUUUUUCGAACAGAAAUAAAUUUCAAGUGUGACUGAAAUUUUCGAAAGGUAGCGAUAACGUAAAAGAUAAUUGCGUUUGAGUAAAUUUAAACAAGGCCUAGUCUCAAAUUGUCAAGCGUACGGCAAAAUUUGAAAAAACUUUUAAUGUUUUCCGCAUUCGUGUUGAUAGUAAACGUCUCAUAGGAUUGUUUUUCUUUUUUUUUUUCUUUUUCCUUUGUCACACACAAAACUGUUUAUGUGAAAAUAGAAAAAUUCUAUUGAUUUCCAUAGAGAAUUUUAAAUGUUCAAAAAAAGGAAAAUAUCUUCGAAAGAAGAUGCGCCGAUAAUAAGAAAAAAAUUAUGCGCAAAAUAUAUUCCAAUUAUUAAUUGGUUUCCAAAGUAUACGAAAUUUCAAGCAUUUUCGGAUGUCAUUGCUGGAAUCACAUUGGGUCUUACAAUGAUUCCACAAAGUAUUGCUUAUGCUGCACUUGCAGGAUUAUCGGCUCAGUAUGGACUCUAUUCGUCCUUUGUUGGUGGUUUUAUUUAUAUCUUCUUCGGGAAUAUUAAAGAAGUUUCUAUUGGUCCAACGUCUCUGAUGUCGCUUUUAGUUUUGGAAUUUACAAGAGAUAUGCCUGUGGAGUUUGCAAUACUUCUUGGAUUUUUAGCAGGAUGCGUUGAAUUAAUUAUUGGUAUUCUCAAUUUAGGUUUCCUGGUGGAUUUCAUAUCGAUACCAGUCACUUCUGGAUUUACUUCGGCCACAUCAGUCAUUAUAAUAAUAGGACAAAUCCAACGUCUACUGGGAAUUAAAUACAAAUCGAAAAAUAUUCUCGACAAUAUUAUAAAACUGUUUCAAAACAUUCAUCAAAUACGAUUGAACGAUACAGUACUUGGCGUGUGCUCAAUUAUAAUUCUUUUACUAGUCAGAAAAAUGAAGGAUAUCGACUUUAAAAUGAAGGAUCCGGCUAGAAAUCAAUUCUUCAAGAAGGCAUUUUGGUUUCUCGCUAUAAGUAGAAAUGCACUUAUUGUUUUGAUAACAACUCUAAUAACGUACCACUUGCAUUUUGCAGGACAUCAACCCUUUAUUCUCUCAGGCACUGUUAAAUCAGGAUUACCUCCUGUUGAUUUACCUCCGUUUAGUGCACAAGUUGGAAAUCAAACAUAUUCAUUUAUAGACAUGUGCUCUCAUUUGGGUCUGGGAAUUCUUUUUGUUCCACUCGUUGCAGUUUUGACAAACGUUGCUAUUGCUAAAUCAUUUGCUUGUGGCGAAGCAGUGGACGCUUCUCAUGAGAUGAGAACUUUGGGUGUUUGCAAUAUUGUCGGCAGUUUUGUAUCAUCAGUUCCCACUUGCGGUGCUUUUACAAGAAGCGCAGUCAGCAAUGCAAGUGGAAUUCAAACCCCAUUAGCUGGCCUUUAUUCAGGUACAAUGACUCUACUGGCUCUGAGUUUUUUAACCCCUUACUUUUAUUACAUUCCUCAAUCAACACUUGCUGCGGUACUUAUAGCUGCCAUUGUGUUCUUAAUUGAUUUUCAAAUUGUUAUCGUACUUUGGAAAGGAAACAAACGUGAUGCCUUUGCGACAAUUGGCACUUUUAUAAUUUGCAUUAUUUUCAAUGUUGAAACUGGAUUACUUCUUGGGUCCCUGUGCAAUAUGAUUUAUCUACUUUACUUAUCAGCGAGACCAAAAAUUAUCGUCACGGAGUGUAAGACAAAUUUCGGAGACAAAUAUAUUUUAAUAAAACCCGAGGCUGGUCUAUUUUAUCCAGCGGUUGAUUUUCUGACGACAAAAAUAUCUCAAAUUAGAGAAAAGCAUUUAAACAAUGAAAUGCCAUUCAUUAUCGAUUGCCAAAGAUUAAAGGGAUUCGAUUACACAUCAGUGAAGGGAAUUGAGAGACUUGUGCGCGAGUUUAAAGCAUUCGAUCAACAAUUGUGCUUUUUAAAUGUUAAUUCAUCAAUAAUGAAGGCAAUUGGACAUCUCAGUAAAAUUGAAAAUUUCCAUAUAAUUCAGAAGGAGGAAAAUAUUAUUGAAUGCUUUCAAGAUUCACACGAAACUUCGGUAUUGAAUAGAAGUGUAACAAUGCCACUGUUCAGUAAAUUACAAGAUGGAGUAAUUUCUAAGGAUCUCAAUUAUAAUCGUAAUGCAAUUAAGGAAACAAACGUGUCAAUUUUGGAAGAAAGAUUAUCACUGAUUUCAGAACGUAAUGUUGAUAGUGCAACAGAUAAUAAAAUUUCAUCGAAAAAUAAACCAAAUGAUGAAGUGAACGAUACGGAGUCAAGUCGUCUAUAAAAAUAUUCUGAAAAUACUGCCAAAGAAAAAAAAAUGUACUUACUACGUUUAGAAGAAAAUUUGUAUAGAAAAAUAUUUUUUUAAAAAAUAAUUUGAUAAAUUAAAAAUUUUUAAAAAAUUUAAUUUAAAACGAUCAAUAUUUAUAAAAAUUUUCAAGGAGAUAUAUAAUCAGCCAAUGAAUCUAUAUUCUACAAAAGCGCAAGCACUUUUCUAAAUAUACGAAAUUAUUCAUUGGAUGCUUAUUCCUGGGGAGAAAAUUUACAAAAUAGCCAAAUUUGAUCGUUUUGUUUUUUAUUAAUUUUAUUUAUGUUUAAUAAUAGUUUAGUGUGUAUGAUUUUUGAUCGUUUAAUGUAUUUAAUAUGUUUAAUGCUAGUCAUGCUAGUUUAGUGUACAUUAUCAAAUCUUGAGUAAUUUUAAUUUUUUAAUCAAUAUAUUUUUAAGCGCAAUUUUUUAUUAUUUAAAAGU